AUGAAGUUUAACCUCUUCAAUAUUCUGCUCGUGGUUUUUGUGGCGCUUGGUACGCUGUCGACCGCGUAUGGACUUUCCAUCAUUGGUUCAACCUCUGGCCAACCGAACUUCUACGCAUACUUCAAUUUGCCGCCCCAGGGCGAGCCUGGCUAUGCACAUACCACCAACGUCCUCGGCGGACUGAACGGUGCGAACAGUGGCGGUGCUUUCUUGGGAUGCAUCCUCAGUGCCUGGACCGCCGACAAGUAUGGCCGCAAGCCUACCAUGAUGAUCGGGUGUGUUUUCAUCAUCCUUGGUGGCGCCUUGAAUGCGGGCUCCGUUGCCAUCUCCAUGUUUGCCAUCGGCCGCGUUGUGGCCGGAGUUGGCUCGGGCAUCAUGGCCAUCGUCACGCCCAUGUACCAAGGGGAAAUCGCCACGGCCGAGACUCGCGGUGCCAUGAUGUCCAUCACGGGCGUCAUGUGGGCUUGCGGUUAUACCUUUGCCGGAUGGAUUGGAUACGGCUGUUCCUACAUACCGGGCACCUCGCGCCAUGCUUCUGCCGCCUGGCGUUUCCCCUUGGCGUUUCAAUGCGUUCCCGCUUUGAUUGUCCUUGCCGGCAUCAAAUUCAUCCCCGAAUCCCCCCGUUGGCUGUUGAGUCACGACCAAGACGAGGCAUCGUUCAACGUUCUGAAACGUAUCCACGCCCAGGCGGGCGACCCUGACCACAUCAAAGCCAAGGAGGAGUUCUACCUGAUGGAGAAGCAGCACAAGGCCGACAAACAACUCUCUUUGAACCGAAGCUUCGAAAUUCUACGUACCAAGGCCAAUCGAUAUCGUGCCCUGGUCUCCGUGUUGCUCAUGUUCUUCGAUCAAAUGCAGGGUGUCUACGUCUUGGCCAACUACGGCGUGCUGAUCUACGGCUCGCUCGGACUGAGUGGCAAGAUACCGCUGCUCCUCAACGCGUGCUGGACCACGUAUGCCAUCGUCGGCAAUACUGUCACCGUAUUCAUUGUCGAUCGCUUUGGGCGCCGGCGACUAUUGCUGAUUGGUACUAUGGGCUGUCUCACCAGUCUGAUAUUCGAGGCGGCACUCACGGCAACUUACCUUGGCACAAACAACAAGGCCGGCCUGCACGCGUGUGUAUUCUUUGUGUGGCUGUUCAUCACCUUUUGGGCCUGUUGCGUGGAUGCUACGCAAUUCGUCUACGUGUCUGAAAUUUGGCCAAACCACCUCCGGUCUCAGGGUACUGCACUGGGGUUGGCGACUUUCUUCUUGGCCAGUGAGAUCACGCUGGUCGCCGCUCCCGUGGCCUUGAACGCAAUCACUUGGAAAUUCUACCUCGUCCUCAUUUGCCCCACUUUCGUCUACAUCUUCGUUAUUUAUUUCCUCUUCCCUGAGACCAAAGGUCGGACGCUCGAGGAAGUCGGGUCGCUUUUCGGGGACAAGCAUAUCGUUGCACAUUGGUACGGUAUCAGCGAAGAGGAGAAGGAGAAGAUCCAUCAAGGUGCUCUGCAUCUCACGGAGUCUGGCCAGAUUGUGGAUGAGGUUGUUGACGACCUCCAACCAGCCGCAAAACCCGAGAACGUCGCUGAACAUCUUGAGAAACCAACGUCGUCAGGAAUUCCUGUUCGAUUGAACACCGGCGAAGCUGAUUAA